AUGUCUGACGAUUGGGAUAUCGAUGACGAACCCGUCAACUCUGGGUCUUCCACACCUGCUCCCACUGCUCUCCCACCAAAAGUUGCCGCCAAAAAAUGGCAAGGUGAAGACGAAGAGGAUGACCAAGAUGACUGGGAUGUUUCAGAGGACGAAAAACCCAAAGCUGCCACUACGAGUGCCCCUGCUCCCGCCAAGAAGAAGAUGUCCUUGAAGCAAAAAUUAGCUGAGAAGGAAAGGUUGGCGGCCGAAGCUAGAGAACGAGGUGAUCACGGAGAUGAAAUCAUCGAUACUAUGACAGAACAAGAUAGACGGCGACUUGCUAGAGAAAGAGAACAAGAAGCUGAUUUGGCUGUGGCGGCCGAUCUUUUGGGUGCAUCCACUCUUGAUGAAACUCCUGCUAAAACACUCACGUCUAUCCUCUCGACUAAACCCACAACCAAAAACGAUUUUGCUGAUCUAUCCAAAGACAUAUUUACCGCUUUAAUCAAACAACAUGAGUCCAAUCCACUCUACGCUACUUUUGUGGAAGAAUUGUCUAAAACCAUGUGUGAAACAUUAACUGCCGUUCAAACGAGAAAAGUAUCAUCGUCCUUGAGUGUUUUGGGUAAUACCAAACAACAGGAAGAAAGGGAUAAAGCCAGUGGUAAGAAGAAGGUAUCUGCUAAACCCAAACUUGGUGCGGCCAAAGUAGCAAGCAAGAUCGAUACAGAAGCUUAUGACGAUGUUCUCGACGAUGACGAUUUCAUGUAA